GUAUUCAUCCAUAUUCAACAGUUCAGUGAACACCUGAUGUGAUGGCUCUUAGAAGAUGCACCAUCUGUGCUCAUAGUAGCUUCGACGUUCAGCGAUGGCUGUGACUCAAUUAGCAUUAACAAGGGUUGAGCAGAGUACCGGGAUCGGGAUGGGGUGGAUUGCCUCUUAGGAGUACUGAUAACCGUCUGUGCAAGUGCUGUUGUGUACAGUCAAAGUUAUUACACGCAGCGUGAGCUCUUUGUCGCUCGACCCGACACGGUUGGAUAUGGUGAAGUGGAUGUGUUCUGGACACUCUGUCAUAUCGUCGUUAUGGCAAAUAAUGGUUGCAAACGGUGGACACAAUGUGAACCCUAGAACAAAAAUGCCCUUAUGCAUGGAAAUAUUGUAAAACUCGAUGUGGUUGUGCUGGUAUCGGAAGUCUCGAACGCAUUAACCCUAACUAAAACUGGGGCAACGACUCCGAAUCAUGGAGGAUGUGCCGAGUCGUUUCAACAGGAACCACCCUUAACAACUCUUACUCUUAUCGAUCUUUGAACACAUGUUACACAUUUCUGGAACGCUCAAUCAUUGCGACCACUCAGAAGCCAAAGAUAUUCAAGCACUUAUAAACACAAAUUAACAAACGCCACUCUUAUAUACAACGAAUUCAAGCGUAUAUAUACAUAUAUAUAUAUAUAUAUAUAUAUAUAUAUAUAUAGAAGGUAUAGAGGGCCGAAGGGAACCAAACAACAAAUACAUCCCAUUUAUCUAUCAAAGACACGAAAAAAGUCAGUCCGGAACUUUGUGCACUAAAGGCGCGCCAUCCAAUUGUAGCAGCCGCUGCUAACAGGUGUAGCAAACGCCACGUAAAAAGUGAUACAAAUGGGAGAAAAUCGUAACCAGCAGAAAUAAAUAGAAACAUAAAGUUCGGCCCAGCACGAGCUUAUGACUUCAGCUUACGAGGCACCUAUAUAGGUUGUGCUUGGUGGAUCUCGCAGUUGCUUCAGUAGGGACAAUGCCAGCUGUGAUGGUUACGGCGCAGAUAGAGACGUUCGAACGUGGCUCCACGCCAUAUCUAUAGACAUAUAUACACAGAGUUUAUACCGGUGAGACAAAAAGGAAUUAAACGCAAAAAAAGGCCAUUAACGAACUACUAACGGCGACGAUAAGGGUAGCAACACUAAUAAUAGAGGCAAAAACUAGCAAGACCAUAUCGGCCGCCACUGCGUCAUCCGUUAUCGUCGAAGCCGAGAAAUAAUCGUAUCAAUCGACUUGUAGUAAUGAUUACAACAGCAGCAAAAUAAAGUCUAGUUAAAGCCAGAAAUCUACUUUACUGUGCAAGAUGCCACAGCUACAGAUUCGUGAGGAGGACGUUAUCUGUCUCGUGCUUGAGUUCCUGCAGAAACGAGAGCUUGGUAUUAGCCAGCUGGCCCUUGAACGUGAAACAGGACUCGUAAAUGGCGUCUUCUCGGACGAUCUACUUUUUUUACGACAGCUUGUCCUUGAUGGUCAAUGGGACGCCGUGCUUGACUUUGUUCAACCGCUUGAACACGUAGAGAGCUUUGAUGCUCGGAGAUUUAAAUAUGUCGUCCUGAAGCAUAAAUUCCUUGAACUUUUAUGUAUUCGGGGAGAGACAGGUUUAAUUCAGCCGCAAGAAAUGAACGUCGACGAGAUGGUGUCUACGUUGAAUGAUCUCGAAGCGGUGGCUCCAUCUAAGGAGGCUUACAACUCUUUAUGUCUCCUAUUAGCUUACCCAAAGCUAUGCGACCAUAUGGACUAUAAACACUGGAACCCCAGUAAUGCUAGAAUCCGCUGUUUUUCGCAGUUAUGUCCGCUAGUUGAGAAGUUUCUACCAGCCCCAGGUAGUGCACAAGUGAUGGCAGGAGGUGGAAGUGCUACUAGUGGUGUGCCACGACACUCAAAGCACGAUCGUCUACUCCAGCUGGUUAUCAAGGGUCUUGUUUACGAGGCCUGCGUUGCCUUCUGCCAGAACCGGGCAACGGCGGAGAACGCAACCCCGGAGAAGGCCGGAGCUCAAAAAGUGGAUGCCGCCUCGAGAAUCAUUCAAUUCGGAACUGUCUUCAGCAAUUCCAACGGAUUUUCUGGUGCGGACUUAGGCCUUUUCUCCUGGUUGCAAGCUCUACCCAACGAAUCGUUCAGCCACCCGUUCGAGCAGAAGACGCUGAAGAUUGAUGUUGCUCAGAUGGAAAAACCGGUUUUGGACGCCCAAUGGGCGGAGCACAUUUUGGGAACGCCGGUGAAACCACGAGCUGUGUUCCCUCACUCACACGUGCCCUUCCAGAGGUCACAGGGUGGCCUAGAGAUGAUGUCUCGAUCACUGAUGAUGCUAACAUCGAUGGAACAGAGUCGCCUAUCCCUCUCAGGCAUUUUGUCUGGUUCCACUUACGGGGACCUCUCCAAGAGCAGUUUCCACCUGACCGGCGCAAAAGUCAUGACAACGUCCGUCGACAAGUUGUUUGCUAGUACGACUGACCUUGCUCUUAACCAAAGCACGACGAAGCUUAAUAGUGAAUUCCAGGCCAGAACGCAGGAUGAAACGCCCCCGAAGACGUCCCCAGUUCACAAAACCUCGAGGGUGGUCAGUCCAGUACCGGUCUCGAUGCCGCAACAGGAAGACACCGACACAAAUGUCCUUUGGAAAGAAUUCCAAAAGCAACGCCAGAAGCUGGAAACCCUCGUCGAGGAUGUGAAAACGCCCGCAACCGAUGGCACGCCACGGCAAACGGCGCAGCAGAAAGGCCAAACAAACAAAUCUUCUAAUAACAACGUCACUACUCAGAUCCAGAAUACAACACCAAAGAAGACGAAGUUGGGAGCGUCACAAGUCAAUCAAAUACAGGAACCUAUUCCACGAGUGGCUGUGGGAUCGAUCCCACUCCCCGCAGCUCCGUUCUACACCUCCCACGGGCCUCCCAGUUCGCACUCACCAAGUAUGACGUCGCCAACGACGGGCGUCAUUACUUCCUUGAGGGAUUCCAGAGCUUCGCAGGUAACUGUGUUUCAGUCGGAGCGACGAGAUGAAGACAAACGGCGAAGUAUCAUUGAACGUGAACGCGAGAAAGAGGAUGAACGAUUGUCUUCCUCGAGGAGCUCUUGCAAGUCCAAUGAGACAUCCUGGUCCUCUGGCAAAGGAUCAACGAUGCUGCAAACUUGUCCCACUGGACCUCAAGAGCAAACACAACAACAGAAUAGGAAUCGAUGUGAUGCUUGUCUGAGGGCCGAGAGAUGCCGUUCUACUAGCUCGUCGUCGAAAACUGAUGAACCGUCACAACAAGACGCAUUCGAAAAGGAACAACCUCUACAUUACUGCAGUGGGGCAAGUUUUCCCAGAAGUAUCGGCUCUAAUGAGAAAAAGUAUCCUUCGAACCAGAGUGGCAGCUCAGGCAACCACAUUCGGCACGAACCUCGGGAUUCUGGUGCUGAUGAGCGCGCCCAGUUUAUUCCGGUCACAACGCUCGAAGAUGCUCAGGUGGUCCGUGCAGUUGAUUUUCAUCCGUCGGGUAAAUAUUACGCCGUUGGGAGCAAUUCGAAGACGCUUCGGAUAUGCGCAUAUCCUCAAAUGGAUGACCUCAGGGAGAAUCACUUGGCCACGCAGCCAUCGGUGCCUCAUAAACGUCUGAAGCAUCAUAAGGGCUCGAUCUAUUGUCUCGCGUGGAAUCAGACCGGAGAGCUGAUGGCGACUGGAUCCAACGACAAGACCGUGAAACUGAUCCGCUUCAAUGAACAUGACUGCACCUUGGACCACGGCGGGGAAGCAGAAAUGACAAUGCAUGACGGGACUGUGCGUGACCUGUGUUUUGUGGAAGACCUGACUAAUCGCAGUUCUCUACUGAUCUCCGGUGGUGCCGGGGAUAACAAAAUUUACAUUACUGAUUGCGAAACAGCUAUUCCAUUCCAAUCACUUAGUGGGCACUCUGGUCACAUCCUGUCGCUGUACACAUGGGGAGGAGCCAUGUUUGUUUCGGGAUCUCAAGAUCGCACCAUCCGUUUCUGGGAUCUACGCAUACGAGGCUGUACCAACCUGGUAACAGCACCGCCCGCUCACGGCUCAGGUCCAGGAAGUCCUGUGGCCAGUGUCUCUGUAGAUCCUUCAGGUCGAAUGCUUGUCUCUGGCCACGAGGACGCAACGUGUAUGCUGUUCGAUAUUCGCGGUGGCCGAGUGAUACAGUGCUUCCGGCCUCAUUCGCAAGACAUUCGCUCGGUGCGAUUUUCACCCAAGGCCUACUACUUGUUGACCGCCUCCUACGACGGCCGCUGUGUGCUCAGUGACCUACAGGGAGAUCUGACACAGCCACUGCCCUCAAUCGUUGUGGCAGAGCACCCGGACAAAGUGAUUCAAGCUCGCUGGCAUCCCACCGAUUUUACGUUUGUCACUACGUCGGCCGAUAAAACAGCCUCUCUCUGGGGGCUUCCAGUCGACUGAGACGGAACCUUCUGACUGCGAUGAGCGGACGUUAAACAUUCACAUGGGUAUUACGGACAGUUUCAUUUCAUAACUCGUAGCUAAGAACGGGUGGUCAACAUAAAAAAUAAAAGGUGUGCCCCUUUUAUCCAGGAACAAAAUCACACUUUUUCUCUACCCAGUCUCCCUUCUUUGUGCUUCUAAAUCUACCCCUUUGCUAACUAGAUAGCUGGAGCAACUUUCAAGAAAACUAUUGUUAGAGCGGAAAAAUUUACUUUUGUCCAUUCUAAGCGUUGUACAGAAGCUCAAUAAAACAAAGGGGGGGUCCAAUAAGCGGUAGCAUUAUCGCUUAGGCAGCUGAUAUAUGCGCAAACAUCGCAUAGAAAUGUAAUCUUUAGCGGCUUUUCAUCCGUUAGUCAGUUGUUGAAGCCGUAUGGGAGUCGUCACCGACGUUAUAGCGACGUGCCUGAACGAGUCGCCACUUCACCAUCAAAUACAUGCGACCAUUGCAAUUGAGCUUCUAAUAAUAAUCAUAAUAAUAGCUGAUAUGCAUGCCUUCAGUUCAGACUUGAAAAAGAGUGCAUGCAUCGCGUAUUUAUUGCGCUACAUUACUCUGAAUACGAAGAAGAAGAAAAAAUAUGAAAGAUAAUGGGAUAAGAACACGACGACGCAGAGCAAGAGAACGACAGAAAAGAACGAAAAGCUGGCCCGCUUUCUAGGAGCGCCCAUUAACGGGACGUAGAAGCGAAAAUUGCCGGUGUAUGACCGAUAAGAUAGUUGUAACAAAUGCGUAUUUCCGCAACAAUUGCUAAUGCAUUCAUACAGGUGACAUGAGAUAGAGAUGAAAUCGCUUUCACUAAGGAAGUGUGAUUUGUCGAUUUCGCGCGAAGGACAACAAAUGCAUAGGAGAGUAUAUGAAGACUACUAAUUAUAAGUAUACAGAGCUGAGUGACAGCUUUGGCAUAUACAUACCCAGCACGUAUAUGAUUAUUAUAUGUAAUGAACAGAGAGACGAUAAAACUAACCGAACGCUAUAUAUGUACUGCUCUGCUAUAAAUGUCAUCUUUGUGGUAAGCUCUUCGCAAAUGGCAAAACGACACUAUUCGAAAAUAGGCUAACUCGCCAAGCGAGAUUCGACAUAACAGAACAAACAAUAAUGAUACGUAAUAGAAAUUAGGUGACAUAUUUGUGGGUUUCAGCAACAUUUCUAUAGAUGUCUAUAUGAUGACCCGUCGGUAAAGAAGUAAAUGAAAGAGAGCCAUCGAGAGGACAGUUAUAUUCAGUAACGUUUUGACACACCAUACCAUUUGUAACGAUGAUCGCCACCAGUCAUCCCUUGCGCCUUACCGAUACGGAAUGGUCACACAAGAGUAUACCCGGAAAAGAAAGGUGCUUUACUGCUAUUAGUACAUCCAUAGAGGUAACAACCAAGAAAUGACCAUUAUUUGCAGAUAAGGCGUAACUCAGUGCCAUGAAGUGUCUCACGAUAUUCAAACGAUAUUUAAAUCAACAACGAGAAAAAUGAAGCACAGCCGCACGAUGACGGACAAAGGACAAAUAAACAAAAUAACAACCCACAACGUGACAAUAUUCGUUUCUCCUAUCGAAGUUACCAUUUGUUCUUAAGUUCAUUCCACUGUAGUUAACUGACUCUCAGAGAAAGUGGACGAUGGAAUAUGUUACUUAUGCAUACACGCAUUUAUCGAGUGAUCCCUGUAGUUCUAAACGUUGUAGCCGGUAGAAUUAGAUAGAGCGAACGAUUUCUAUACAUGUACCCGCCAAACAUUAUAAUGGCACAGUAAUCCCUUUAGCCAGUGAGGAUUCUUUAAAAAUUUUAUGUUGCUUAUAAAAGUCAUUGUUACGUCUGAAGGCUAUCCGACGAAUCCAGCUAACAGGACAGUAACAAAUUCGUGUAGAGAGCACAAGAGUUCAUUUCCUAUGGUGACUCAUACACAGAUGCAUGCCGAUGUCAGCAGCGGAGACUCUUCUGAAAUUUAUGACCAUAGUGAAUAAACAUUGAGAAAAAAACAACACGGAGUCUGUAAAUGGGAUUGCUUGUGAGGGUUUGCAUUCAUUUUGUGUUCCUAGAUUCAACUAGUACCUAUGUUCAACCGACGGUACAAGACGGAAUUGUCGUGUAUGGAAAGAUACAAGAACCAUAAUGUUUGCUAAACGACUCUCGAUAAUAGGGACAUCUUCGAAUAGAGGUAAACAAGAUGCAAAGAUGAGGAAAUUAACGGUGUCGAAUAAACGUAAAUUUUGUUGUAUAACACCGAUA